GGAGAGGUCCGGGGGGGGCGCGCUCGCUGCGGCCACUCUGGCCCAUUGGCUUCGCCUCAUUUUCUUUGCCUUUCUCCCCUGCUGAAGCUGCUGGUGCUGCUGUUGUUGCAGCCGCCGCCGCCGCUGCUGCCGCCGAGGGGGAAUAAGGGGAGAGCCCCGGCUGUCAGCUCGGGCGCAGCUGCCUCCCCCCUGCCGACCCCUCCCUUGCAGGACAGGGUCUGGGUCUGACCCUGCAAGAGACCAGAAGGAAAGCAGCCUCAUGCCUAAGUCCCGGACAGUGCCAUGGAUCUGACAAAGAUGGGCAUGAUCCAGUUGCAGAACCCCAGCCACCCCACGGGGCUGCUGUGCAAAGCCAACCAGAUGCGCUUGGCAGGGACCCUGUGUGAUGUGGUCAUCAUGGUGGACAGUCAGGAGUUCCAUGCUCACCGGACAGUCCUGGCCUGCACUAGCAAGAUGUUUGAGAUCCUUUUUCACCGAAACAGCCAGCACUACACCUUGGACUUCCUGUCGCCAAAGACCUUCCAGCAGAUCCUGGAGUACGCCUAUACGGCCACCCUCCAGGCCAAGGCCGAGGACCUGGAUGACCUGCUGUACGCAGCAGAGAUCCUGGAGAUUGAGUACCUGGAAGAGCAGUGUCUGAAGAUCCUGGAAACCAUUCAGGCCUCGGAUGACAAUGACACAGAGACCGCCAUGGCGGACGGCGGUGCCGAGGAGGAGGAGGACCGAAAAGCAAGGUACCUCAAGAACAUCUUCAUCUCAAAGCAUUCCAUCGAAGACGGUGGGUACGCUGGCGUGGCCGGGCAGCACCUCCCUGGAGCCGCAGCAGAGCAGAACCCGUCUGGGUCCACCUCCUUCGGCCUGGCAGCCAUGAGUCCCACCAAGGCUGCUGUGGAUAGCUUGAUGAGCAUCGGGCAGUCUCUGCUUCAAGGAGCCCUGCAGCCUCCCGGAGUGCCCGAUGAGUCCGGCUUGGCCAGCGUUGGGCGGCACCCCGGGGUGACUGAGGUGAAGACCGAGAUGAUGCAGGUGGAUGAGGUGCCUUGUCAGGACAGCCCGGGGGCCGCCGAGUCCAGCACCUCGGCAGGUGGCGGGGACAAGGCCGAGGAGAGGAGCAAGGACGGGCCUGGGACACCCACCAGGAGCAGUGUCAUCACCAGCGCUCGGGAGCUGCAUUACGGACGGGAGGAGACCUCGGAGCAGCCGGCGCUCCCUGCCGAAGCCAGCCAGGCCCCACCUGGCCGGCCCGAGCACUCCGUCGGCUCGGCUGACAAGCACCUGGGCAUCUAUUCUGUUCUUCCCAAUCACAAGGCGGACUCGGUACUGAGCAUGCCGUCCUCUAUGACCUCGACCCUGCACAUGCAGCCAGCGGCCCUGGCUGUCUCCAUGGACUUUAGCACCUAUGGUGGGCUAUUGCCACAGGGCUUCAUCCAGAGGGAGCUCUUUAGCAAACUGGGCGAGCUGGCCGUGGGCAUGAAGACUGAGAAUCGGGCCGUGGGGGAGCAGUGCAGCGUCUGUGGGGCUGAACUUCCGGACAAUGACGCCGUGGAGCAGCACAGGAAGCUCCACAGCGGAAUGAAGACGUACGGGUGUGAGCUGUGUGGGAAGCGGUUCCUCGAUAGUUUACGACUGAGAAUGCACUUACUGGCUCACUCAGCUGGUGCCAAAGCCUUCGUCUGUGAUCAGUGUGGGGCCCAGUUCUCCAAGGAGGAUGCGUUGGAGACACACAGACAGACACACACAGCAGGCACUGACAUGGCUGUCUUCUGUCUACUGUGCGGAAAGCGCUUCCAGACUCAGAGUGCACUCCAGCAGCACAUGGAGGUCCAUGCAGGUGUUCGCAGCUAUAUCUGCAGUGAGUGCAACCGCACCUUUCCCAGCCACACGGCUCUUAAGCGCCACCUUCGCUCGCAUACCGGUGACCACCCAUAUGAAUGCGAAUUCUGUGGCAGCUGUUUCCGGGAUGAGAGCACGCUCAAGAGCCAUAAGCGUAUCCACACAGGGGAAAAGCCCUAUGAGUGCAACGGCUGUGGAAAGAAGUUCAGCCUCAAGCACCAGCUGGAGACCCAUUACAGGGUCCAUACAGGUGAGAAGCCCUUUGAGUGUAAGCUCUGUCACCAGCGGUCCCGGGACUACUCGGCCAUGAUCAAGCACCUGAGAACCCACAACGGCGCCUCCCCCUAUCAGUGCACCAUCUGCACCGAGUACUGCCCCAGCCUCUCAUCCAUGCAGAAGCACAUGAAGGGCCACAAACCUGAGGAGAUCCCGCCCGACUGGAGGAUUGAGAAGACGUACCUCUACCUGUGUUACGUGUGAGGGGCUGCGGGCGGAGGAGGAGGGCAGGAAGAGGAAGAGGACAGCUCGAGGGAGAGACGGGAUCAUGGGGCCGCACACACUCACACUCACACACACAGAAGAGAAGCGGACUGCACAGGCCCUGGGCGGGCCGUGCCCAACAGAAGACACGCUUUUCGUUUGGGGAGGGGGCUUUGUUUUGUUCUGCUUCGGUAGUGUUCUCCUGCUCUCUUCCCUGCCCUUCUCGCCUUGACUCUUCUCCCUCUGACUGGGAGCCAGGCUUAGGGAAGCGGGGGCAGGCUUAUGGAUCUCCACUUAACUAGGGCCGGGCUCUCCUCAGAGAGGAGUGGGGGGCUUCCAGUCUGGAGCAGGGGAAGAGAGGGAUCCGUAGGGUUUGUCAUCUGCUGUGGAAUGACAGUGCUGUCUGGCUGGGUCCUGCCCCGUCUCCCCCAUCACACAUACACUCACACACACACUCACAGGUUGGCUGCUUUCUUCUCUCUCUCCCUAUAUCUAGCAGGCCAGGAUCCUGUCUCCUACUUUCCCACCCACACUGCCUUCCCUGGGUUCCAAAACUUAGUCCCUAGAAGCCCCCUUAUACACUGAGCCUUCUAGGAGUGAAGAAGUAUCAUCAGCCUCUCCAUCCAACUCUCCUUUGCCUAAUUUGGGCAGAACGGCCCCUAGAAAUUGAAAAAAGGAAAAUGCACACUCACACACACACAUACACACACAAUCCACAGUCAGAUUUUGGGGGAGAAGGUACAUACAACUCAGUUCAAGAAUAAAUAUUUAUUAAGCACCUACUAUGUGCAUGACAGUGCUAGGUGCUAGGUAGAACAAAGAUUUUUUAAAAAAAGAACAAUCCCUGUCUUUAAGGAGCUUACAAUCUAUACUCCAAAGGGGCUGAUUUCUUAGGAAAAAUAUUUAGAGGACAUCCCCAUUGCACCCCCAAGCCUGGUGUGAGGAAGAAGAUGGGUGGGUCUCAUGGUCUCUUAGGGUCUGCAGGAAGGCAGAGGAAGAGCUCCCCAGUCCGCUGUGGGAUCAGAUCUCAAAAUCUUCCAGGAAGAACAUCACUGGGGUCCAUAAGCCCUGGGACUCAUCGUUAUACGACCCACAGCCCGCUUCCCUCACUUGCUGCAUCCCUGAAUCUGCCAAGGAAUGGAAGAGGAGGAGGAGGCUUUUUAGUCUCGUUGCAUUUUGCUUCUUUUCAUGACACCCCCCCCCCAUUUUCUUUCUCUCUGCUUUUAGCACGUUGUACUUGAAUUACCUCAGUUUUUUGUGACCUCAUGAGCUUUCCCCCCAUGUAUGUGUGGAUGUUUUUAUUGUUAUGGGUGUUUUUUUUUUAAGGGAGGGGGUGGUCUUUUUCUUGUGUAAAGUUGUAAUUGUUUUUAUAAACUUAGGUUGUGAUCUUCCAUCCCCAGAGUACCUACUACUUGUCCCCUGCCCACCCCCUGCCCCCACCUCACCCCCAGCCUCUGGAGGGGCCAAGGGAUAUAGUGCUCAGGAUGGGAGAGUAAAGUCCUCUUAGUGCAGGGGAGAGUGGGAGUUCUCAGAUAGGAACCACCAAGGGCUUAAAAUAGUCACUUGCCAGUCUGGCCUUUGUGAGUGAGUAUGGCAGAGCUGCCCAGUAGUGAAACUGGGCUAUUUGCAAAGUCCAUCUAGUUAAAUCAGGCCCCAAACUCCCUUAUAAAAAGCCCCCCUUUCCCACACUUCUAGUCAUUCAAGCUUCCAGGUCUGGAUUAUUUAGAUUAUUAUAGGUCUGUUGCCCUAGCCCUUGGUGUGCAUUAUCAUUACCAAAAUUGGUAUUUUUUUCCUAGGCCAGUCUGGUGGAAGACUAAGAUUUUGUUAUUGGGGGUUUUAUUUUCUGUUUUGUUUCUGGUGGGGGAGGAUUUUUUUUUUUUCUGAAAGCUACCUCUUAUGUUUGUCCAAUUCUUUCUGUUCCUUUUCCCAUCAACCCCAUCCCAUCUUUCUGCUUCCCUCUCCCACUUUUGAAAGCACAUUGGCAAUAUUUGUGUUUGCUUUGGGAUGGGCUGCUGUUUCAUCUCAGGCUUUAUUUGCAAUGAUUGUGUGUAUGUGUGUGUAUUUGUCUUUCUCUGGGAAAGUUGUGGCUGCAUUUUAUCUAUGUUUUAAAAAGUGAUUUUCAAGGAAGCUGUAUGUGAUGGGGAGGAUCAUGAAGAAUAAAGGGAAGUUGGAGGGAUGGGGUGCUGCUGUGACCCCCCACCCCCCUGCUUUUAUGCCUCCUACCACCCCGUUCAACCUCGUCCACCAAAUCUGAAGGCCUUAAAACUAGGGGGACAGGAUUUGGAGGGUGGGGGGAGCAAUAAUCACAUGAUAAGACCAGUGGUCAGGGGCAGGGGGUAGGGGGUCAAGGGAGGGUGCAGUUUUGCUGUUUAUCUUAAAGACUUAGUUCUUUGGAAAGGAAAAAAAAAGUUCAACUUGAAAUAUGUGACUAGGACAGUUGUUUUGUUUAUAAUGUGAAAAGAGUGGUAUUUUGGGGAGGGGCAGAUAGUAGAAAGUUCAUUAUGCACUAUAGGCCUGAACCCCUCCCCUCUCCCUGGGAAGGAGGGAAGCACUAACUGACCACCUGGCCCUACAGGUCCCAGAAACAAGGAUACCACACAGUUUUGUGAGGAAAUAAGCAAACUAUUCCAUAGGAUUAGCCAGUUUUCCUCCUCUCCUCCCCGACUUGCAUUAUCUCUAGACCCUCCCUAUCUAAAUCUGGGUCACCCCUUCCCAAUUCAUAAAAGCUGAGAGGGUUGAGCUGAUAUUUACAAAGUGUAAUAUUUUUGUAAUAUUUGUUAAUUCCUUUGUCAGUUCUCACAGAACCCUGCCCUUUCCUUUUGCAAUGUGAAUGGGGAAAAAUUAACAAAACAAAAAAAAAGAAUGUGUGUGUGUGCUGCUGAAUGUGGGUGCUUUUUGUGUGUUGCAGUUGUGUCUUGAAAUCAUGCAGUAUUGUAGUAAUCUGGUGUUACAGAAUUGGAUGGUACUAAAUCAGAGCCAGCUGCCUUGCUGAUGCCCCCGGGGCUCUUGGAUUCAGGGGGUUAGCCAGAAAGAGGUCAGAGUGAGCUGUGGGGUUUCACAAACAGGAUUGUGUAGGAAUGGCACUGUCCUCCCUUCCCUGUGGAGAUCCAGUCACUCACAACUGGAGUUUGUAGGACAGGUGGAACCUUUUUUUUUUUUUCCUUCCCUUCCUAUUUUUUCCCAUUACCCUAACUAAAAAGAGAGAAGAUCUGAAUUUUCCAUGGCCCGGUUAGCUGUGGGGGUGGAAUAUAGCCUAAGCAAUGAGAAAACAUUCUGAAUUUUCCACCUGUUUGUACAGUUAGGAGGACAUAAGAA